CUGGGACCUACCUUUUCCGGAGAAGGUAGAAAGUGUGUGUGAGCUGAUGUGGAUGUAAAUUCAGCAGCAUGGGUCAAUGUUUGGACAGAGAAGAGCCUCAAAGCGCUGAAUUCGGUCCACCUCUACCGAUCUACGCACUUAGUCCUCCUCCAACGAGCGCUAAUUUCGGUCCACCUCUACCGAUCUACACACUUACUCCUCCUCCAACGAGAUAUUUGCCGCCCUUACCACCUCCUCUUCCAACGAGAUAUUUGCCGCGCCCACCACCUCCUCCUCCACCAGGCUCUUCACAGAAAGUAGAUUUUUUCAGUGAACAUGCUGUGAAGCAGAAGAAGCUGGCUGGUCACUGGAAGAAAGAUGACCCUCAGGUCAAAGUGGAUCCAAUCACAGCAGGCACAAAACCUGAAGAGCCCCCGGUCCUCUUUGAACCUGAAGUGGAAAUUAAAUCAGGAAAAGUCUCCUACAGGUUCAAGUGUCCUGGUUCAGGUCUGUUCCAGUGCUGUCUGACUGGACUGGUGUUUGAUAUGAGGCAAGAGGCGGAGCUUGUGUACAGGAUUAUCCAAUGGGAUCAGAGUCUCCUUCAGCCAGCUCACAAGACACCUGCAGGGCCCCUGUUUGACAUCAAGGGUUGUGAGGCUGCAGUUCGUCAGCUCCACUUUCCCCACUGUGAAACAGAGAAAGUAUCUCUCUCUGAUGACUUAAUAUCUGUCAUCCACUUCACCGAUGAUGGAAUGAGCAUCCUGGAGGUGCUGAAGAUCACAGAUACUCAUGUUAUUGUGGACGUCCCCCACCUCUCUGCCUUUGGCCUUGUCUGGGAUCUCAUAGAGAGGUUUUGGGGAAUCAAGAAUCCCGUUAAGGGCCAAGUUUUAUUGUUUCUCAGAACAAUAAAACAUCCUGAAACACAGAAGCAAAACCUCGAUGUGUUUCUCCUGCCAUGCAACAUCCCUCUGCAGGAGGUGAAAGCACAGCAUCUAUAUUCUGACUACAUACCAGUGCCUUCCAACUGUAAACUCAUCCAAGAUCAGACGUACACUGUUCACUGUCCUACAGCCAAGAAAAUCCAACCAGAGAAAGCUGAAUUUGAUGUGGAGUUCGGACCAAACUACUAUCCAACAUUUCAGAUCCGUCUUGCUCUGAACACCAGUGAAGCCCCUCUAACAGUCCAAGAACAACAGGCAGAGUGGUCUGGAAGCAUGACGUUGAUCUGAUGGAUGUGCAUCAAUCCCCCAUUGUUUCCAGUGUGAAUUUACAGGAUCUUCAUCAGAGUAAUUCUUUAGAAAGAUCCUCUUCAGUCGCCUCAGGUAAAUAUUUAUUGUAUACAUCUCACAUUGUAAUUGAUGUGUUUUAUUUUCUACUUACAUGCUUCUACUUGGCCAAAUUACUCCAUGACUCAUGGACACAGACCUCCAUAUUAACCUCUAUGAUCACAAUGCAGGACUUUGGUAGAAAAUCAUCUUCUAGGCA